UUUCGAUCCUUCCUGCAUAAUGAACGAACUAUAAAAACAGACUUGGUAUAGGUUAGGUUCUUACAGUUAACAGCAGAACAUAUUUCACUACAAACAUGUCUGGUCGCGGUAAAGGAAAAGCCAAGGGCACCAAGUCCAAGAGCCGCUCAUCUCGAGCAGGGCUUCAAUUCCCGGUUGGUCGAAUCCACCGUCUUCUCCGCAAAGGCAAUUACGCUGAGCGAGUCGGUGCCGGUGCUCCAGUGUACUUGGCUGCUGUGCUCGAAUACUUGAGCGCUGAGAUUCUUGAGUUGGCGGGCAAUGCUGCCCGUGACAACAAGAAGACAAGAAUUAUUCCCCGUCACCUUCAACUGGCUGUCCGUAACGACGAGGAGUUGAACAAACUUCUUGCCGGUGUCACCAUCGCACAGGGAGGUGUUCUUCCCAACAUCCAGGCCGUACUUCUGCCCAAGAAGACCGAGAAGAAACCCAAGGCAUAAAUCAGCCUUAACCCAUAAAAACGGCUCCUGUAGGAGCCACCACAUAAUACAAAAGUCUUGACUAGCUGGACACGAUACGACUGUCAAAAUAUCAUCUCAUAACCCCUCUUCCCAGUUUCCAAAUUUAUGUCAUAAAAUGAAAAUCCAAAUGUUUUCAAAUGUGAUACCAAUGUCGCCCAACGACCAAAUACACUUCAUACAGUUUUCGCGCACAAAAAUCGUAGAAAUAACGACUUUCGAUAUGUUAUUCGACGCAAAGGUUUG